AUGGACUCACAGCACUACAAAAUGAAUGGUGACACUUUCCAGGAAUCUAGGUACAUUGAAGACUCCCCCAAUAAAAAUGGUGUGAUUUCUUUGAUUUUCUCUCUGAAAGAAGAAGUUGGGGCAUUGGCUAAAGUCCUGCGCACAUUUGAGGAAAAAGGUAUAAACUUGACCCACAUUGAGUCCCGGCCUUCCCGUCUCAACAAAGACGAGUAUGAAUUCUUCAUUAACUUGGAAGGCAAGAAUGUUCCAGCACUGGACAAGAUCAUCAAAUCCUUGAGAACUGAUAUUGGAGCAACAGUCCAUGAGCUUUCACGAACAAAGAAGAAGGACACUGUGCCAUGGUUCCCAAGAAGUAUCCAGGAGCUGGACAGAUUUGCCAAUCAGAUCCUAAGCUAUGGAGCAGAACUGGAUGCUGAUCAUCCUGGGUUCAAAGAUCCUGUGUACCGUGCCCGGAGGAAGGAGUUUGCGGAUAUCGCCUACAACUACAGACAUGGACAACCUAUUCCUCGUGUCACCUAUACAGAAGAAGAAAAGAAAACUUGGGGCACUGUCUUCAGGGAGCUGAAGAGUCUGUACCCAACUCAUGCUUGCUAUGAACACAACCACGUGUUCCCACUGCUGGAGAAGUACUGUGGCUACAGGGAGGACAAUAUCCCCCAGCUUGAAGAUAUUUCAAAUUUCUUGCAGAGCUGCACUGGGUUUCGGCUGCGUCCUGUCGCGGGCUUGCUCUCCUCUCGGGAUUUCCUGGCUGGGCUGGCGUUCCGAGUGUUCCACUCGACCCAGUACAUCCGCCACUCCUCCAGGCCCAUGUACACCCCUGAGCCUGAUAUUUGUCAUGAGCUGCUAGGACACGUGCCUCUUUUUGCUGAUCCCAGUUUUGCUCAGUUUUCCCAGGAAAUUGGACUGGCAUCUCUGGGAGCUCCAGAUGAUUUCAUCGAGAAACUUGCUACGGUUUAUUGGUUUACAGUUGAGUUUGGACUAUGUAAGGAAGGAGAUUCUCUCAAGGCAUAUGGUGCAGGGCUGCUGUCUUCAUUUGGAGAGCUGCAGUAUUGCUUAUCAAGUAAGCCUGAGAUUCAGCCUCUUGUCCUGGAGAAGACUUCUGUGCAGAAGUACCCUGUUACUGAAUUCCAGCCUAUCUACUAUGUUGCUGAAAGCUUUAAAGAUGCAAAAGAAAAGCUAAGGAAAUUUGCUCAAACAAUCCCUCGUCCUUUCUCUGUUCGGUAUAAUCCCUACACACAGAGGAUUGAAGUCUUGGACAAUGCAAAGCAGCUGAAGAACUUAGCUGACACAAUCAAUAGUGAGAUCGGGAUUCUCUGCAAUGCCCUCCAGAAGAUCUAA